UCUUCCUCCGUGCCCGGACCUUCUCAGCCCUGACAAUAAUAUUUAAUGCGGAGACACAUCACUCGCUCACAAGCCUGUCCUGACGGAGGCCCUGAGGUCACAAAUUUCGCCAGACCUGCCUGGUUACUGAUACGACACGCAACGAGAACGCUCAGCCUUACGUGGCUUUCAUCACAAUAACCUUGAGGAGUCAGUUCGAUAAGACUUACUCUAAAAAUCAAAGCCCGCGCACUCAAUUGUUCUACUCUAUACUUGACGCUUCAAUCAGGCGCUACGAGACGAUAAUGUGAUGGACUUGUUGGAUACGGAGCAGUCCCCGGCUUCACCCUUGUCUCUUCGCACACCCUACUACAAUUAUCAUCUGCAGCUGCUCAACAGCCAUUGACAUACAGUGUUCUUGAUAAAUCACUGCGAAUGCUGGCGCAAUGCUGUUUUCAACCAAAUACAAGAAAUACAUUCACCAGCCGCUAGUGUACUGGAAACCGCAGAUACGUCUUCUCAAGAUCAAACCAGACUUGUACGGCCCCAUCCGCUGCGAGGUUGAGAUCUUCGACUUGGACACGGCGCCGGCAUUUGCAGCAUUGUCCUACACGUGGGGCCCCGAAAAUCCAGUCUACGAUGUCGUCGUUGAUGGCAGGACUUUGCCCGUCAGGAAGAACCUUCACCACUUUUUAAAGUGCAGACGCAAGGAGAAGAACAAGCACUACUUCUCAGAGAAGGAUCUGUAUCUCUUCAUUGAUCAGAUAUGCAUUGAUCAGUCUGACCCUGAAGAGCGGAAUCGACAAGUGCAGCUCAUGUCGCAGAUUUACUCCAAGUGCUGGCAUGUCAUACUCUGGCUCAACGACGAGGAAGGCCAGUGUUUGAGAGAGGCACGACAUUUCGGUCAUGUGUCUAAGCGAACCUUGUCGCUGGCGAAGUUGCUGAGUAACGACUACUUCACCCGUCUCUGGAUUGUUCAGGAAUUGUUACUAGCACGGUCGGUUUGCGUUUUCACUCCCGCAAAUACGUGGCUGCAAUGGUGCGACAUAGUGGACACUACACUAAAUGCCAUGUCAAGCAGCUCAAUGACUGCUGAAGAAUCAGCGGCGUGGAGACUGGUCCCAAGGAACACUUCGAGACUGAUACUCAUGAGAGACGUAUUUUCCCGCGAGAGACGGACUAGCCUUAAAAGGUUGAUAAAACCAAAGAAAUCAAGUUGGCUUCGCCUCGCUGUAAAAGCCGGAGAAGGAAUGAAGACACAGGAGCUGCUGGAGGUCCUCCGUUUCAGCGCCAACAUCUGCCACGAACCCAGAGACAAGGUUUAUGGCCUCAUGAGUCUACUCGAGGUCGAACAUCAGCUGACUGUUGACUACAACAAGUCGAUCUACGAGGUAUACAAGGAUGCGAUCAUGGGGCUCUACCGUGUCGUUGAGCUUGAGGAUGAGGAGAGCUACAAGCGGUGGAUCAAAGCGACACAGCAACUGGGUAAAGACAUGGGAGUGGACGACAGCGAUAUAGCAGAGCUGUUUGCCUUACUGGAGUUCGCUAAUCUGAUCCUGCCAACUCGAGGGCACUUGACUGAUGGAGAGGCCAGGCUCCCGUCGUUAGUGUCGAUGGUGGGCGUUGUAGUCAGUAACACGCUAGGAACUGACGUAGAUUCGACGUCUAAGAGAUUUGGAGCAGACGGUCUGACCCACCACAAGGAAUUUGCGACCAACCAACACACAGGAGACAUCAAUAAGUCCGGAUUGAAUGAACCUACAGUCAGAAGCUAUUUAGGACUACCGCCGGGCCUCCGCAGAAGCAAGGGCCCCGAAAAGAAGGAAGUCAGGAAACCCAAGACCAACCAGCCAGAAGUCGUCGUCAACUUCCAAUACAACAUCGUUCAGGAAUUAUCCCACUACUCAGAGCAAGGGGAAAGCGAAGACCCAAUAUCGCAGGAGAAACGCUGGAACGCAUUCACAAAGCAGAUCACAGAUGUCGUCCAGCUCCACGACAAGGGCCUGCAACUAUCGUGGUACUUCCUCCACAACGGUGUCAUAUUCCGCUACCGGACUACGCCCAAUUGGGAGGCUAUCCUCCGACUUUCUCCCUCUAGAAUGGCUAGCAUCGUGAAAGAGUACGAAGAUGAGCGCGCCACUGACGAGGAGCCGGCAACGCCAGAAGCACAACCUGUACGUGUCGUGCAGCAUGCCUCGGAAGAAGAGAAAGAGCAGCACGUAGCUCUGGUGGUUGCGAUGCAGAUUUUCAAGCUGCUGCUGUUCGUGUACCUUGGCGUCACGGGUUUUAAGUUGGUGAAAGCCAUGGUGCGGUGGUGCUUUGCGGAUGAAGUAAGGCAGGUUGUGUCGGUGGUUUCUGCGCUUUGGGGCUUCUAUCGCGUUGCUCGGCGGAAAGAGCCUGGUUCAAGCAAGGGAUACUGAAAGUAGAGACGUUGGUUCAGACUUGGUUGUUGAGCGCGUAUUUGGAGGCAAUCGCAGAUUCAAGCGCACUGAGAGCCCAAGUCUGGCAAUGGAUACUUCUCGACACCAAGCGUUUCAGGCAAUCUCUGCACAAUCAUUCA